CGAGCGGGGCGCGCCGGACAAUGAGCUGGGCGGCUCGGCGCUGCGGCCACUUUUAGGGGGGGGCGCGGGCAGGCCGGCGCCUCAUCCGCUCCACCUGCAAGGAGAGGGCGGGAUGCCAGAGCCAGGUGUCCCGGCUCUCUAAGGCCCCUUGCAGCCUGACGUCCCUGAACCGGUUCUCACCUUGACACCGGGCUACCUGGCGGAUUUGGCUGGAACGUGUUUGGUGGGGCGCCCUCGGAGCAGCCACGAUGGCCAGCACCAGGAGUAUUGAACUGGAGCACUUUGAGGAACGGGACAAAAGGCCCCGGCCGGGAUCGCGGAGAGGGGCGCCCAGCUCCUCCGGGGGCAGCAGUAGCUCGGCCCCCAAGGGGAACGGGCUCAUUCCCAGCCCGGCGCACAGUGCCCACUGCAGCUUCUACCGCACGCGGACCCUGCAGGCCCUGAGCUCCGAGAAGAAGGCCAAGAAGGCGCGCUUCUACCGGAAUGGGGACCGCUACUUUAAGGGCCUGGUGUUUGCCAUCUCGAGCGACCGCUUCCGGUCCUUCGAUGCGCUGCUCAUGGAGCUCACCCGUUCCCUGUCGGACAACGUGAACCUGCCCCAGGGAGUCCGCACUAUCUACACCAUCGACGGCAGCCGGAAGGUCACCAGCCUGGACGAGCUGCUGGAAGGUGAAAGUUACGUAUGUGCAUCCAACGAACCUUUUCGUAAAGUCGAUUACACUAAAAAUGUUAAUCCGAACUGGUCUGUGAACAUCAAGGGGGGGCCUGCCCGAGCCGUGGCUCCUCCCUCCGCGGUGAAAAGUGAAGUGAAGGAAAGUAAAGAUUUCAUCAAACCCAAGUUAGUGACUGUGAUUCGAAGUGGAGUGAAGCCUAGAAAAGCUGUGCGGAUCCUUCUAAAUAAGAAGACAGCUCAUUCCUUCGAACAGGUCUUAACGGAUAUCACCGAAGCCAUUAAACUGGACUCAGGAGUGGUCAAGAGGCUCUGCACGCUGGACGGAAAGCAGGUUACUUGUCUGCAAGACUUUUUUGGUGAUGACGAUGUUUUUAUUGCAUGUGGACCUGAAAAAUUCCGUUAUGCCCAAGAUGACUUUGUCCUGGAUCACAGUGAGUGCCGUGUCUUGAAGUCAUCUUAUUCCCGCUCCUCAGCUGUUAAGUAUUCUGGAUCCAAGAGCCCUGGGCCUUCUCGACGCAGCAAAUCACCAGCUUCAGUAAAGAGGGGUGGCCACUACUCCAGUGCCUACGCGACAGCCAAAUCCCCAGUUAACGGAACUCCCAGCAGCCAGCUUUCCACACCCAAGUCUACAAAAUCCUCCAGCUCAUCUCCAACUAGCCCAGGAAGUUUUAGAGGAUUAAAGCAGAUUUCUGCACAUGGCAGAUCUUCCUCCAAUGUAAAUGGUGGGCCUGAACUUGAUCGUUGCAUGGAUUCUGAAGGUGUGAAUGGAAACAGGUGCUCUGAAUCAUCGACUCUUCUUGAGAAAUACAAAAUUGGGAAGGUUAUUGGAGACGGCAAUUUUGCAGUAGUCAAAGAGUGCAUGGACCGGUCCACUGGGAAGGAGUUUGCCCUAAAGAUUAUAGACAAAGCCAAAUGUUGUGGAAAGGAACAUCUGAUUGAGAACGAAGUGUCGAUACUGCGCCGAGUGAAACAUCCCAAUAUCAUCAUGCUGGUGGAGGAGAUGGAAACAGCUACUGAGCUCUUUCUGGUGAUGGAAUUGGUCAAAGGUGGAGAUCUUUUUGAUGCAAUUACCUCUUCAACCAAGUACACGGAGAGGGAUGGCAGCGCCAUGGUGUAUAACCUGGCCAACGCCCUCAGCUACCUCCAUGCCCUCAGCAUCGUGCACAGAGACAUCAAGCCAGAGAACCUCUUGGUGUGUGAAUAUCCAGAUGGAACCAAGUCAUUGAAACUGGGAGACUUCGGGCUGGCCACUGUGGUGGAAGGCCCUUUGUACACCGUCUGUGGCACCCCAACUUAUGUGGCCCCAGAAAUCAUUGCUGAAACUGGCUAUGGCCUGAAGGUGGACAUUUGGGCAGCUGGCGUGAUCACGUACAUACUCCUUUGUGGAUUCCCGCCCUUCCGGAGUGAGAACAACCUCCAGGAAGACCUCUUUGACCAGAUCCUGGCUGGGAAGCUCGAGUUCCCAGCCCCCUACUGGGACAAUAUCACCGACUCAGCAAAGGAACUGAUCAGUCAAAUGCUUCAGGUAAACGUUGAAGCACGGUGCACUGCGGGACAAAUCCUGAGUCACCCCUGGGUGUCAGAUGAUGCCUCCCAGGAGAAUAACAUGCAAGCUGAAGUGACAGGUAAACUAAAACAGCACUUUACUAACGCGCUCCCCAAACAGAGCAGCACCACCAGUGGGGUCUCCGUUAUCAUGGAACGGCUUGGCAUUCAAGGAGCACCCGUGCAGCCAACUUCCAGAUCCCUAGUCCUAGGGUAAGAGGUUGUGCAGGUCCCAGCAAGGCCAGGCUGACGGGCCCCUGGCCAGGGAGCUCUGGCCUCUUCUCCUGGGCUCCCGGCCCCCCAGGCAGCUGCUUCUGUCCUCAGCUUUGCUUUCCCGCCUGGAGGGGGGUUCCCAAGCCCAUGUGGUAACUCCCUGAAUACCCAGGGCCUCACAGAGAUGCUCUGAGCUAUGAACUACUACUCUUUGGGACUUGGGAUAAGAAACAGCCAGAAUUAGGCAAAUUUGCAGCUUUUAAAAGAAAAGAACAAGGAAAAAAAAAUCAGUUUUUUAACAGGGUUGGUAAAAUUUUAUGAGAUGUCAGUAACAAUGAUGCCCAUAUUUUUUCAGAUCUUGCCUCUUCCAAAAUGUUAUUAAGGCAGCUUACUUAAAUCCAUAAAUACAGCAAAUGAAAAGUGGCCUUAAAGUAAGUUCAGCAAACGGGAGAAGGAGGCAGAAAAAAUUAAAUUGAGCCAGAAGUGUGGUCAGUACACCCAACAGCAGCUGUCCAGACCCGAGUCCUUGUCCACCCAGGGCCGCAAAGCCACCCCCGCCCCCAUGCGUCCCCACCUGCUGCGGUGCCGUGUCCAGGGCACCAGGUCCUCAGCCGUGACCUCUCUUCGGCCCACACCAUUCACAGGAUGAGGGGGCGGGCGAGGCCUGCUUCCCAGAGCCAGAGGUCAGGCUCUCCAAGGAGGCCUGCUCACAGUGGGGAUCUGCGGCCCACGGGGUCCCCAGAGCCUGGCAGUGAGCCAUGGACUGUCUCCCCAGCUCCACCCUCUGACCUCUAGACAGGCCCUCACCGUCUGGAGUGGUUCAGUUCCUACCUACCAUGGAGAACAGUUGCUUGUCUCCCGGGGCGCUGUAGCCCCUACCCGCACGUGGGUCCCGAUAGACGCUGGAGGGAAGGUCUUGAUCCUGAUGAGCGUGGAACGCGUGGUGUGGCCUGGAGCCUCCACCACCGUCCUGACACUGCCAGCCUCUCCUCCCCCAGGGGCUGCAUUUAGUUGGCUGCCCUCUGUCCCGUCCUCUCCUGGGACGUGUGGUCUCCCCAGACCCCAGGCUGGACCACGCAACGGGCUCCUGAUGUGCUCCUGGGGGUGCUCGGCGCCAAGGCAGCGGGAGGGCCUCUUGAGGUGUGGUUUUCCUGGCGUUUCACCAGGGCUCUGCUGAGCCUGAGAACGUCAGCUUCGUCACAGACUUGCAGCUUAAGCCCUUUCAACAGAACCACCCCACCUGAGCCCGCAGAGGGCGAAGGGCUUCACGUGGUUCAUUCCUGAGUGCCAGCGCUGCCCACAGGGAGUCACGGCCCUGCUGCCAGCAGCAGGGUGAGUGGACAUUUAGAAACAUUGAAAAUUGGCAACAGGUAAUCAAAAACCUUAAGCGUCAUUUGUUAGAAGCACAAGGGAAUAACCACAUGUGAACUUGGCCGCAUGGUCUCCUGGAGGAAGACCCUUCAUGGGAUGUGCGGAGCGUUCCACCCUGGUUCCCUGGGUCACCUCUGACUCCCAGCCCUGAUGGCAGGGGAUGGCCUGAGGCCCGGGGCCCGCCAAGUUUCUGGAAUGAUUGGCCCUUCUGCCACGUGGCCCAGUCUGGGCAAGGACCUCUGGGCCCUCAGACAGAACCUCCGUCAUACAGUUUACAAAUGGCCUUUUCCAUUUGCUGAUGCAGUUGAGCCAUUAGGUUUCAAACUCCUGAGCGUUCACAAGAUGUUUGCGCGAAGGAACAGGGCUUUCUUCUGCGUAAUUCCAGCGGUGACUGUGCACGUGUGUGUUCACGUGUGUGUUCAGUGUCAUCUUGGGCAUGUCGUUAGGGCUCCAUCUAACCCCACGUUCCCUCCACAGCUCUGCAGCUCCUUACUGGGGGGAGGCGCUGACUGACGUCAGGGUGCUCCCAUCCCUCGGGGGAGAUCAACAAAGCCUGUCUCUCUGGAGAUAACCGUUCUCCUGGGCCAAAGAGCUGGCCUGUGACUUUUGGCUUGUCCCCCGCAAGCAACAGCCAUCUGGCCUCCAUGAGCUUGUUGUCCUCAUCCCCGCCCAGCCAAGCACCUGGCCUGCGGCAUGGCCGUGUGGGGGUAGCUUCUGUGUCGUCACCCUUGCCCUCUUCACCAUUACUGUGUGUCUGUGUAUUCUGCCCUUGGGAACAGUUUCAAGUGUUCCUUUAAAAGUCACUAUUCACAAAGGCCUCUCCCGGGUAUUUAUGUGGUCUCUUAACAGACGUACAUGAGGUGCAGGUGGUUGCCUGCAGAUACAGGUAGUAGUGGCGACCACAUACACAGGUUCUGAGGCGGAAUCCUCUUAGACAGAGCCUUACUCUCUGUUGCCACCCCCAGUGUCCCCUCCCCCCAAAUUGGAGCCUAAGGCUCCAGUGAAAAAAUGAUAGGAUAGGAUAGGAAAGGUCAGUGACAGUGCAAGAAAGUAAAGUUGAUGCUCUUGUCUGCAUUUUGUUUGACAGUUUGAUUUGACAGUUUGAGAGACACUUCAAAGUUUCAUUCUGGGCCCCGUUGAAACUCUGGGGAUCCUGAAGCAGAAUUCUGGUAUUCAACAAGCUGUGCUUGACUGGAGCAGUCUCUAAUUCUCAGCCCCUUUUAAAUCUGCAUGCCUCUCUUAGACUUUGACACUGGCCUCCAGCUCUCAGCUUCUUGCGGGGGCAGGUCUCCUGCACCUACUGACGCCCGUUUCAGCCAAGCACACUCUCGGAAACUUGACCUAAAACUUCUCAGCUUGCCACAUUGCCUGCCUUCCCAGACCAGAAGCUGGCGAGCGCCCAGGAGGACUCCAGGAGUUCUCCUGCUAGAGGCGAUUUGCCCUUUAGGUGACAAAGCAGCUUGUGGGGAAUGAUGGCAUAUGGAUGGGAAGCUUUGGGAAGGCUGUUGUUCUUUCCCCAGAUACACUGCCAAAGAUGCACCUGCAUCAAUAAGACAGUGUAGAGUCAGCGAGGCUUUGGGACAACAGAAGGGUAUCGGGUAGGACUUGGGUUAAGACAGGCCUGUGGUUGCACUGGCCUUUUUUUCGAUGCUUCGGGGAGGAUAGGGCAUCUGCAGGGGUUCCCUGCCAAGCCCAGUGGCCUCGCUGCAGCUGGGAACUGGACGAGGCCUCUCUUGGCGGGUAAAGGCCUUAGGAGAAACCCCUUCUUGUUGCAUUUUGUAGCCUGGUAGCCACCUGGAGAAAGGAUGGAUUCAAAAGGAGUGCUUCCCCACACGGGGUUUGCUGCUUCUUUCAAGGGGAAGUGGGGAAGGACUGGGGCUUAGUUUAAGGUAGACAAAACUGUCUCGGUCGUGUUGCUUCUGUUGAAAGUAAGUCUGGUUUCUGUCCCUGCUUCUCUCCUCCCUCCUCUUGCCUCUCCCGCCGCCUGCAUUGCUUCCCUCUGACUAGGUCCACGGCGAGGGUACGUACUAACUGCACGGCCAUGCUUCUUUCCGCUGCACACACUCGUCCUUGACGGGAAGGGAAGAGGAGAAAUAAUUGCGGGGCUGUUGGUUUCUUCCACCCGGGGGACAUUUUAUGGUAGAAAAAUGUGAAUGCCUCAUCACUCCGUUUUCAGUGUUUUCGCUGAGGGCCGGCCUGGCCUCUGCUCAUACUUGGACCUUGGAAGCCUGUUAAAGAGCGAUGCUGAGUUUCCCAUUUGACUUUUCCACAGUUACCUCUCUUCCGUGUAAUGGAACUUGUCCUUGGCAAUGACCAAGGGCUCAGCUUGAGGCAGGAAGGGCCUGUAGAGGAUGCUGUUGACAUCGAGUGCCCUGAAGGCAGCGGCACAUGCAUCCAAGGAAGCCCCACUGUUGUUCACAUUUUCUCCAGACUUUUUUUUUUCUUCAGUCAGAGUACAGAAAAAAUUGGUGGUGCCUUUUCCCCUCAAAGUGGGUAGAUUACAAAAUAACUUCUGUGGCCCAUGUGCCUUUUAGCUAAAGGUGCCUGAGAACUGAAAGCUCCCCACAUUUAGAAAACCCAGUGAUAGGGUAGUGAGCAUCCUACCUGAAAGCCAGCCCGAAAAGGAAGACAAAGCCCAGGCCCACCUGCCAGGCUAGGGUCAGAAAGCAGGGCGGCUCCUGUGCUCCCACAGCACAGGAGAAACCCACGCGGGAGGAGAGCAGGGGCCGUGGUGGAGGCCGGAAGCCUAAUGCUGCCUCAUGGAUUCCAAGGCUUUCAAAGAUUAUGGAGCCUCAGGGGUUAGCGGAAGGGGUCACCUCCAAUCCCUGGUGGGGUCCUUGUAUGGAAAAGUUAGUUAAGGCCUCGCACUCUCAUGAGGUUUGCUUUUUGUCCAGGACUCUCCUGGGUUCCAAGGCCUGAGAGAAGCGGUGGGAAGCUGUGUGGAGCGGGGACGGUCACGGUCCCGGCGUCCAGGGCAGGAGGAGCAGAGGCCGUGCCUGGGGCCGGGGGUGGAGGGCUGGCCCGGGACUUCUGCGGGGGCGCUGGGCGUUAUUUCUCCUCUCCCGCUCUCGCCUGCAUGCUCUCACCCUGCUCGCGCUGGCGGCUCCGGCCAGUGGGCUAACGUCCUGUCCCCUGUCUCGCUGCUCUGUCCUCAGAACACGGCUCUAGAUAAGGAGGGCCAGAUCUUCGGCAGCAAGCUCGGCGCCGAGGGCAGCCGGCCCGGGCAGGAGCCCCCCGCGUCCCGGGAGUCGCCCCCGCGCCCCUGCUCUCCCGCCGC